CGUGCUUUCUAUGCGCAGUUAGAGUUUUGACUGAUCGCUGAGCCUUGUCGGGCGGAAGAUGACACGAACGAUGUCCUUCGCCGUGGUACUUGGCUUGCUCCUUGCCCUGCUGCCUGCUGUGACGUCACACUACGAAAUCGGGAACUGCACGCUGUCCUGCAAGCCUCCACAGAUUCUGCUGCGGUUAUCAUGUCGCUGUUUGAAUCCAAUCCGUGAAACUAGAGACGUUCGUCAUAACAUGUACGACGACCCGGGUGACGGUGGUGGAAGAGAAACGACGCCGGACCCUAAAGAGGAGGAAACGACGCCGGACCCUAAAAAGGAGGAAACGACGCCAAACCCUGAAAAGGAAGAAACGACGCCCGAAAACACCCAGGAAACAACCCCCGGGGCAGACAACACUACACCUGAUGAGUCGACGAAUCCACCAACAACUCCGAACGAAUCUGAGGAACCGGAAAGUACACCGUCUACAACUGAAAAACCAAAACCGACAUGUGACCCCCGCUACAAGAAGCUCUCCGCCACUCACACCAUGUGCCAGAAAGAUAAGGGGAAGGAUGUUCCUCUGACCGCUGCCAUGAAGCAGAGACUUGUAGACCUUCACAACCAGUACCGCCAGAAAGUGGUCCCCAGCGCACCACUCAUGCAGAAGGUGAUGUGGGAUGAGGAACUCGCCAAGAUUGCUGGGAAGUGGGCAAGACAGUGUCGUCUAGCGCAUGACAAAGGCUCCGAAAGGCGGGCAAUAGGUAUACCGGAUUACUUCAUUGGUCAGAAUCUGGCCCGUCAGAGUAGCAAGUUCAACCUCACAAAAGCCUUCCUAGCCUGGGUGAACGAGUUGAAGAACUUCAAAUAUGGGACCGGGUCCAUUAAUGACAAGAUCGUGGGGCACUACACACAGGUUGUGUUUGAGAGAACUGUCCGGAUAGGAUGCGGCCAGGCUGACUGUGACGAUGGUCGGUACUACGUCUGUAACUAUGCCGAGGGACAGACCAAUUUCCACACACCGUAUUGUACCGGGGCGAAAUGUGGCACCUGUGGACACAUCGACAAGGGAACAGGGUUAUGUGAUUGUAAGGGCCUCGUGUGCCUGUGGGGAGGACAACUGAAUGCCGCUACCUGCACGUGCAAGUGUAGACGGGGAACAAAGGGCAAGAACUGUGAAACAAUUGUAUGUCCUGCCAAGGAGGGCGAGCGCUGUUCAAGCCCAAACUGCAAACGAUUUCCACUGUCUUGUCCUAUAACAUGUGGCCUAUGUCCAGGGUCGCCAACACCAACGAAACCCACUGGGCCAACAACUGCACGACCAACCGGUACACAACCAACUACGACACCUAAACCAGGAAAGUGCGACCCCCGCUACAAGAAGCUCUCCAGCACCCACACCAUGUGUGGUCAUGACGUUGGUGUGGACGCCCCACUGACCAGUGACUGGAAGGAGAAGAUUGUAGAUCUCCACAACCAGUGGCGCAGUAGGGUGGACCCGCCGGCCCCAGCAAUGCAGAAAGUGAUUUGGGAUGAGGAGUUGGCGGCCAUAGCGGGAAAGUGGGCAAGGCGGUGUGUCUUGGGCCAUGACAAGGGCGCGGAGAGGCGGGCAAUCGGAAUGCCACUAUACAACAUUGGUCAAAAUCUGGCCCGCCGAGGCGGAGAGUUCAACUUCACCAAAGCAUUCCUGGCCUGGACGAGAGAGAUCAAGGACUACAAGUAUGGGAAUGGUUCCAUCAACGGCGGAGUUGUUGGUCACUACACACAGGUGGUGUAUGGGAAUACUGUCCGUAUCGGCUGUGGCCAAGCCGCCUGCCACCAGCAUCGGUACUAUGUCUGCAACUAUGCUGAAGGGCAGCGGAACUUCCACACACCCUAUUGUACCGGGGCGAAGUGUAGCGCCUGUGGAGCCGCCUACAAGAAGGCGGGAUUAUGUGAUUGUGGAGGACGUAUCUGUCAGUGGAGAGGACGUCUUCAGCCUAGCACCUGUAGUUGUAGCUGCCCGAAACUUACUUCUGGAAAAAGUUGCGGAAAACUUAAUUGCCCAGUGGAAGAGCCUGCACGUUGUUCGAAGCCCAAUUGCCUUUUUUUCCCGCUGUCUUGUCCGAUAUCCUGUGGCGUGUGUCCGAAAUCUCCAGCUACGUCUACGGAGAAACUGACGAUGACCACGCAAACGACCACGCCAACGACCACGCCGACCACGCCGACCACCACGCCGACCACCACGCCGACCACCACGCCCACCACCACGCCGACCACGCCGUCGACCACGCCGUCGACCACGCCGUCGACCACGCCGUCGACCACGCCAACGACCACGCCAACGACCACGCCAACGACCACGCCAACCACCACGCCAACCACCACGCCAACCACCACGCCAACCACCACGCCAACCACCACGCCAACCACCACGACGCCAGCUUGCACCCUCAAAUGCCCAAACAAUAGUGUGCUGGAUCCAAAGGAAUGCGAGUGUAAUUGUAAUCCAGGCUGGUACGGGGAUCAGUGUGAUUGCAACCUUAAGUGUGCAAACGGAGGCAUCCAGGACAAGCUAAGGUGUGAGUGUAAAUGUGUUGGCGGCUACCGGGGAUCGGACUGCAGCAAACCUCCGUGUAACCCUAAGGACUGCGUCAAUGGGAGCCUGGACAAGACAACGUGCGCCUGCAAGUGCCUACCAAACUGGCAUGGCCCUAAGUGCGACUGUGAUCUUGCUUGUAAGAAUGGAGGUACCUUGGACGGGGCAAGAUGUCAGUGUAGGUGCAGCGGUGGCCACCGAGGUCAGGAUUGCAGCAAGCCUCCAUGCAAGACCGCCUGCGUCAGUGGGAAGGUCAACCAGGAGACCUGUGCUUGCGAGUGUCAAAAAGGCUGGAGUGGCCCUUCCUGUGACUGCAGCCUAACCUGCGCCAACGGUGGCACGGUGGACGGGGCGCAGUGUGACUGCAGCUGUGUCGGGGGCUUCAGGGGGCUGGACUGCAGUAAGCCACCUUGUCAGACCAAGUGUAUCAAUGGCAAGGUCAACCAGGAGAACUGUGCUUGCUUGUGCACAGAAGGCUGGAGUGGUUCUUCUUGCGAAUGCAGUCUCAAAUGCAAGAAUGGAGGCAAACUGGAUGGAGAUGCAUGUCAAUGCACAUGCGUGGACGGUUACAAAGGUUCUGAUUGCAGCAAGCCUCCGUGCAAGACGGCAUGUGUCAACGGGAAGGUCAACCAGGAGACCUGUGCCUGCGAGUGUACUGCUGGGUGGAGUGGUCCCAAGUGUGAUUGCAGCCUGAAGUGUGCCAAUGGAGGAAGUUUGCAGAAAGACACGUGUCAGUGUACAUGCAUUGGGGGCUAUCGCGGUGCAGACUGCGAGACGUCACCGUGUACCACUGUAUGUGUUAAUGGCAAGGUGAACCAGAAGAACUGCGCCUGUGAAUGUACCGAGGGCUGGACUGGUCCCAAGUGCGAUUGUAAUCUGAAAUGUCAGAAUGGCGGCACGCUGGAUCAAGCCAAGUGUCGGUGCGCGUGUGCCGGUGGGUACCGUGGCGCUGUCUGCAGCCUGCCGCCUUGUACGACCCCGUGUAUCAACGGCAAGGUCAACCAGGAGAACUGCGCUUGUGAAUGCAGCCAAGGGUGGAGUGGACCCAAGUGUGAUUGUAAUCUAAAGUGCUUGAACGGAGGAUCGUUGCAGUCGUUCACCUGUGAAUGCAAAUGUGUUGGUGGCUACCGGGGAGCCGACUGUGGUUUACCACCAUGCAAGCCAGGCUGUGUCAAUGGCAAGGUCAACCAGACGGAUUGUGCUUGCAAGUGUUCGGAGGGCUGGACAGGGUCCAAAUGCGACUGCAGUCUUAAAUGCGCCAAUGGAGGGGCCUUGGACAAGGAGAAGUGUGAAUGUGCCUGUGCUGGUGGUUACCGAGGUGCCGACUGUACACUCCCCCCGUGUAAGACGGACUGUGUCAACGGGAAGGUCAACCAGAAGAACUGUGCCUGCGAGUGUACUGAAGGAUGGACUGGUGCCAAGUGUGACUGUCAACUAACAUGCAACAAUAACGGGACGCUGGACAGCGACAAGUGCGAAUGCACGUGUACUGGUGGCUACCGAGGAGCCGACUGUAGUCUCCCCCCAUGUAAGACAGUCUGUGUCAAUGGAAAGGUCAACCAGAAGAAUUGUGCCUGCGAGUGUACCGAAGGCUGGAGUGGUGCCAAGUGUGAUUGCGGUCGCAAGUGCGGCAAUAAUGGCACCUUGAAUGCGGACAAAUGUGAAUGCACGUGUGUUGGUGGUCACCGCGGUGCCAACUGUACCAAGCCUCCCUGUACGACGGCAUGUGUCAAUGGCAAGCUCAACCAGGAGAACUGUGACUGCGAGUGUACAGCCGGGUGGAGUGGUCCCAAGUGCGAUUGCAGCCUUACCUGUGCCAAUGGAGGAACCUUGGAUAAAAUCAACUGUCGGUGCGCUUGUGCCGGUGGCUACCGUGGUUCCGAUUGUUCCAAGCCUCCGUGCAAAACCGAGUGUGUCAAUGGGAAAAUCAAUCAGGAGAAUUGUGCUUGCGAGUGUACCAAAGGAUGGAGUGGCCCAAAGUGCGAUUGUGAUCUGCAGUGUGACAAUGGCGGCAGUUUGAACAAAGAAACGUGCAAAUGUACAUGUGCCGGUGGAUACCGAGGUGCAGACUGUACACAAGAUCCAUGCACCACAGUAUGUGUCAACGGCAAGGUCAACCAGGCGAACUGCGCCUGCGAAUGCACGACAGGCUGGACUGGUCCAAAAUGCGACUGUCAACUAACAUGCAAAAAUAACGGGACGCUGGACAGUGCCAAAUGUGAAUGCACGUGUGCUGGUGGUCACCGAGGUGCCGACUGCAGCAAGCCCCCGUGUACGACGGCAUGUGUCAACGGGAAGGUCAACCAGGAGAACUGUGCCUGCGAGUGUACGGAAGGCUGGAGUGGCCCCAAGUGUGACUGUAGCCUGAAGUGCCAGAACGAAGGAACCUUGGACAACGCUGCCUGCAAAUGUGCAUGUGCUGGAGGUUAUCGUGGGCCUGACUGCAGUAAGCCUCCCUGCACAACGGAAUGUGUCAACGGAAAGGUCAGCCAAGAGAACUGUGCUUGCGAGUGUAACGAAGGAUGGACCGGCCCAACGUGUGCCUGUAAUUUGAAAUGUCAGAAUGGCGGAACGCUGGAUCAAGCCAAGUGUCGGUGCGCGUGUGCCGGUGGGUACCGCGGCGCUGUCUGCAGCCUGCCGCCUUGUACGACCCCGUGUAUCAACGGCAAGGUCAACCAGGAGAACUGUGCUUGUGAAUGCAGCCAGGGAUGGAGUGGACCAAAGUGUGACUGCAGUCUUAAAUGCGCCAACGAUGGUACUUUGGACAAAGACAGCUGUACAUGUACCUGCGCGGGUGGAUAUCGAGGAGCCGACUGUACGCAACCCCCUUGCAAGACAGAGUGCAUCAAUGGAAAGGUCAGCCAGAAAAACUGUGCUUGCGAGUGUACCAAAGGAUGGUAUGGUCCUAAAUGUGACUGCAGUCUUGUGUGUCAGAACGGAGGCACUUUAAACACCGAGAAUUGUCAGUGUGCAUGUACUGGCGGUUAUCGGGGAAAUGAUUGUGGUCUUCCACCAUGCAAGACGGAUUGUGUUAAUGGCAAGGUCAACCAGAAGAACUGUGUGUGCGAGUGUGCAGAAGGCUGGAAUGGUCCGAAAUGCGAUUGCAACCUCAAAUGUUUGAAUGGUGGAACCUUGGACAAAGACAACUGCACGUGCGCAUGUGCGGGUGGCUAUCGGGGAAAGGAUUGUAGCAGGCCUCCAUGCACGACAACCUGCGUCAAUGGCAAAGUGGACCAGGAGACCUGUGCUUGCAAGUGUACAGAAGGCUGGACUGGGCCAAAGUGUGAUUGCGGGAGGAAGUGCGGCAAUAAUGGCACCUUGAAUGCAGACAAAUGUGAAUGUACGUGUGUUGGUGGUUAUCGUGGUGCCGACUGUACCAAGCCUCCCUGUACGACGGCAUGUGUCAAUGGCAAGGUCAACCAGGAGAACUGUGACUGCGAAUGUACAUCCGGGUGGAGUGGUCCCAAGUGCGAUUGCAAGCUGAGCUGCGCCAAUGGAGGGGCCUUGGACAAGGAGAAGUGUGAAUGUGCCUGUGCUGGUGGUUACCGAGGUGCCGACUGUACACUUCCCCCGUGUAAGACGGACUGUGUCAACGGGAAGGUCAACCAGAAGAACUGUGCCUGCGAGUGUAGCGAAGGCUGGAGUGGCCCUAAGUGUGACUGUGAACUCAAAUGUGCCAACAACGGUACCUUAAACAAGGACACCUGCCAAUGUGCCUGUACUGGUGGCUACCGCGGAACUGACUGUGCACAACCUCCCUGCAAGACAGCAUGUGUCAACGGGAAGGUCAACCAGAAGACAUGUGCCUGUGAAUGCACAGAAGGCUGGACUGGUCCCAAGUGUGAUUGCAGUUUAAAAUGUGCAAAUGGAGGAACACUUGACAAGGACAAAUGCGAAUGCACCUGCGCUGAUGGAUACAGGGGUGCAGAUUGCACCAAGCUUCCAUGUACGACGGUCUGUGUCAACGGGAAGGUCAACCAGGAGAACUGUGCCUGCGAGUGUAGCGAAGGCUGGAGUGGUCCUAAGUGUGAUUGCAGUCUUAAAUGCGCCAAUGGAGGAUCGCUGGACAAGGAGAAGUGUGAAUGUGCCUGUGCUGGUGGUUACCGAGGAGCCGACUGUACGAAGCCGCCAUGUAAGACAGAAUGUGCAAAUGGAAAGGUCAGUCAGGAAACCUGUCUCUGCGAAUGUACACACGGCUGGACUGGACCCAAGUGUGAUUGCAACCUUAGCUGUAAAAACGGAGGAACAUUGAACGAAAAAACAUGUCAGUGCGCAUGUACUGGCGGCUACCGUGGGGCCGACUGCAGUCUUCCUCCCUGCAAGACAAAAUGUGUCAAUGGCAAGGUCAACCAGAAGAACUGUGCCUGUGAAUGCACAGCCGGAUGGACUGGCCCUGCCUGUGAUUGCAGUCUUAAAUGUGAGAAUGGAGGUACGCUUGACAAGGAGAAAUGCGAGUGCAGUUGUUCCGGAGGCUACCGCGGAAAUGAUUGUACCCUUCCACCAUGCAAGACGGAUUGUGUCAAUGGCAAAGUCAACCAGCAGAACUGCGUAUGUGAUUGUACGCAAGGUUGGAGUGGUGCGAAAUGCGAUUGCAGUUUAAAAUGUGCAAAUGGCGGAACACUUGACAAGGACAAAUGUGAAUGCACCUGCGCUGGUGGAUACAGGGGUGCGGAUUGCACCAAGCUUCCAUGUACGACGGUCUGUGUCAACGGGAAGGUCAACCAGGAGAACUGUGCCUGCGAGUGUAGCGAAGGCUGGAGUGGCCCCAAGUGUGAUUGCAGCCUCACAUGUUCAAAUGGGGGAACUUUGGACAAGGACAAGUGUCAGUGCGCAUGUGUAGGGGGACACCGUGGAGCGGACUGUACCAAACCUCCGUGUACAACCGACUGUGUCAACGGGAAGGUCAACCAGGCGAACUGUGCCUGUGAAUGUAAUAAAGGCUGGAGCGGGGCAAAAUGCAAUUGCGGUCGUCAGUGCGGCAAUAAUGGCACCUUGAAUGCGGACAAAUGUGAAUGCACGUGUGUUGGUGGUCACCGCGGUGUCAACUGUACCAAGCCUCCAUGUACGACGGCAUGUGUCAAUGGCAAGGUUAACCAGGAAAACUGCGCCUGCGAGUGUACUGCUGGGUGGAGUGGUCCCAAGUGCGAUUGCAAGCUGUCAUGUGCAAAUGGAGGAAAGUUGGAUAGCACUAAGUGUGAGUGCGCCUGUGCUGGUGGCUACCGAGGAGCUGACUGUAGUCUACCACCGUGUAAGACGGAAUGUAUCAACGGGAAGGUCAACCAGACGAAUUGUGCUUGCGAGUGUACAGAUGGUUGGACUGGCCCAAAGUGUGAUUGUGACCUCAAAUGUGCCAAUAACGGUACCUUAAACAAGGACACCUGUAAAUGUGCCUGUGUUGGUGGCUACCGUGGAGCUGACUGUGCACUACCUCCCUGCAAGACAGCAUGUGUCAACGGGAAGGUCAACCAGAAGACGUGUGCCUGUGAAUGCACAGAAGGCUGGACUGGUCCCAAGUGUGACUGCAAACUCAUCUGCAAGAACAACGGAAGCUUGGACAGUGCCAAAUGUGAGUGCACGUGUGUUGGUGGUCACCGUGGUGCUGAUUGCAGCAAGCCUCCCUGUACAACGGUCUGUGUCAACGGAAAGGUCAACCAAGACAACUGUGCUUGUGAGUGUACUGAAGGCUGGAGUGGUCCUAAAUGUGAUUGCAGCUUGAAAUGUGGGAAUGGAGGAACCUUGGAUAAGGAGAAAUGUCAGUGCACCUGUGUCGGUGGCUACCGAGGAAACGACUGUACUCUUCCUCCAUGUAAGACGGAUUGUGUCAAUGGCAAGGUCAACCAGAAGAACUGUCUGUGUGAAUGUACAGAAGGGUGGAGUGGUGCAAAGUGUGAUUGCAGUCUUAAAUGUGCUAAUGGAGGUACGUUAGACAAGGACAAAUGUGAGUGCACAUGUGCUGGUGGCUACAGGGGUCCUGGUUGCAGCAAGCCUCCAUGCAACACGACCUGUGUCAACGGGAAGGUCAACCAAGAGAACUGUGCCUGCGUGUGCACGGAAGGUUGGAGUGGCCCCAAGUGUGAUUGCAGUCGGAAAUGUAGCAAUGGAGGUACCUUGGAUAAUGCAAAGUGCCAGUGUUCUUGUGUGGGUGGCUACCGUGGGGACGACUGCAGUCUGCCCCCAUGCACAACGGCAUGUGUCAAUGGCAAGGUCAACCAGAAGAACUGUGUAUGCGAGUGCACAGAAGGUUGGAAGGGUCCAAAGUGCGAUUGCAGUCUUAAAUGCGGAAAUGGAGGUACACUUGACAAGGACAAAUGCGAAUGCACAUGUGUUGGUGGAUACAGGGGUGCGGAUUGCAGCAAGCCUCCAUGUACGACAGCAUGUGUCAAUGGAAAGGUCAACCAAGAGAACUGUGCCUGCGUGUGUUCGGAAGGCUGGAGUGGGCCCAAGUGUGACUGCAGCCUCAAGUGUCAGAAUGGUGGCACACUUGACAAGGACAAGUGUACAUGUACAUGCGCCGGUGGCUACCGUGGUGCGGAUUGCAGCAAGCCUCCAUGUACGACAGUAUGUAUCAACGGGAAGGUCAACCAGGAAAACUGUGCCUGUGUGUGUACGGAAGGCUGGAGCGGUCCCAAGUGCGAUUGCGGUCGUCAGUGCGGCAACAAUGGCACCUUGAAUGCAGACAAAUGUGAAUGCACGUGUGUUGGUGGUCACCGCGGUGCCAACUGUACCAAACCUCCCUGUACGACGGCAUGUGUGAAUGGCAAGGUCAACCAGAAGAACUGUGACUGCGAGUGUACUGCUGGUUGGAGUGGUCCCAAGUGCGAUUGCAACCAAACGUGUGCCAAUGGAGGAAACCUUGACAAGGAAAAAUGUCAGUGCACAUGUGUUGGUGGCUACCGGGGUCCUGACUGUAAGAAGCCUCCAUGUACGACGGUCUGUGUAAAUGGAAAGGUCAACCAAGAAAACUGUGCCUGUGUAUGUACAGAAGGCUGGAAGGGUCCCAAGUGUGAUUGUGACCUCAAAUGUGCCAACAACGGUACCUUAAACAAGGACACCUGUAUAUGUGCCUGUGUUGGUGGCUACCGUGGAGCUGACUGUGCACAACCUCCCUGCAAGACAGCAUGUGUCAACGGGAAGGUCAACCAGAAGACGUGUGCCUGUGAAUGCACAGAAGGCUGGACUGGUCCCAAGUGUGACUGCAAACUCAUCUGCAAGAACAACGGAAGCUUGGACAGUGCCAAAUGUGAAUGCACGUGUGUUGGUGGUCACCGUGGUGCUGAUUGCAGCAAGCCUCCCUGUACGACGGUCUGUGUCAACGGAAAGAUCAACCAAGACAAUUGUGCUUGCGAGUGUACUGAAGGCUGGAAUGGCCCUAAAUGUGAUUGCAGCUUGAAAUGUGGGAAUGGAGGUACCUUGGAUAAGGAGAAAUGUCUGUGCACCUGUGUCGGUGGCUACCGAGGAAACGACUGUACUCUUCCUCCAUGUAAGACGGAUUGUGUCAAUGGCAAGGUCAACCAGAAGAACUGUCUGUGUGAAUGUACAGAAGGGUGGAGUGGUGCAAAGUGUGAUUGCAGUCUUAAAUGUGCUAAUGGAGGUACGUUAGACAAGGACAAAUGUGAGUGCACAUGUGCUGGUGGCUACAGGGGUCCUGGUUGCAGCAAGCCUCCAUGCAACACGACCUGUGUCAACGGGAAGGUCAACCAAGAGAACUGUGCCUGCGUGUGCACGGAAGGUUGGAGUGGCCCCAAGUGUGAUUGCAGUCGGAAAUGUAGCAAUGGAGGUACCUUGGAUAAUGCAAAGUGCCAGUGUUCUUGUGUGGGUGGCUACCGUGGGGACGAUUGCAGUCUACCCCCAUGCACAACAGCAUGUGUCAAUGGCAAGGUCAACCAGAAGAACUGUGUAUGCGAGUGCACAGAAGGUUGGAAGGGUCCAAAGUGCGAUUGCAGUCUUAAAUGCGCAAAUGGAGGUACACUUGACAAGGACAAAUGCGAAUGCACAUGUGUUGGUGGAUACAGGGGUGCGGAUUGCAGCAAACCUCCAUGUACGACAGCAUGUGUCAAUGGAAAGGUCAACCAAGAGAACUGUGCCUGCGUGUGUUCGGAAGGCUGGAGUGGGCCCAAGUGUGACUGCAGCCUCAAAUGUCAGAAUGGUGGCACACUUGACAAGGACAAGUGUACAUGUACAUGCGCCGGUGGCUACCGUGGUGCGGAUUGCAGCAAGCCUCCAUGUACGACAGCUUGUAUCAACGGGAAGGUCAACCAGGAAAACUGUGCCUGUGUAUGUACGGAAGGCUGGAGCGGUCCCAAGUGCGAUUGCGGUCGUAAGUGCGGCAACAAUGGCACCUUGAAUGCAGACAAAUGUGAAUGCACGUGUGUUGGUGGUCACCGUGGUGCCAACUGUACCAAGCCUCCCUGUACGACGGCAUGUGUGAAUGGCAAGGUCAACCAGGAGAACUGUGACUGCGAGUGUACAGCCGGAUGGAGUGGUCCCAAGUGCGAUUGCAACCAAACGUGUGCCAAUGGAGGAAGCCUUGACAAGGAAAAGUGUCAGUGCACAUGUGUUGGUGGCUACCGGGGUCCUGACUGUAAGAAGCCUCCAUGUACGACGGUCUGUGUAAAUGGAAAGGUCAACCAAGAAAACUGUGCCUGUGUAUGUACAGAAGGCUGGAAGGGUCCCAAGUGUGAUUGUGACCUCAAAUGUGCCAACAACGGUACCUUAAACAAGGACACCUGUAAAUGUGCCUGUGUUGGUGGCUACCGUGGAGCUGACUGUGCACAACCUCCCUGCAAGACAGCAUGUGUCAACGGGAAGGUCAACCAGAAGACGUGUGCCUGUGAAUGCACAGAAGGCUGGACUGGUCCCAAGUGCGACUGCAAACUCAUCUGCAAGAACAACGGAAGCUUGGACAGUGCCAAAUGUGAAUGCACGUGUGUUGGUGGUCACCGUGGUGCCGAUUGCAGCAAGCCUCCCUGUACGACGGUCUGUGUCAACGGAAAGAUCAACCAAGACAACUGUGCUUGCGAGUGUACUGAAGGCUGGAAUGGCCCUAAAUGUGAUUGCAGCUUGAAAUGUGGGAAUGGAGGAACCUUGGAUAAGGAGAAAUGUCUGUGCACCUGUGUCGGUGGCUACCGAGGAAACGACUGUACUCUUCCUCCAUGUAAGACGGAUUGUGUCAAUGGCAAGGUCAACCAGAAGAACUGUCUGUGUGAAUGUACAGAAGGGUGGAGUGGUGCAAAGUGUGAUUGCAGUCUUAAAUGUGCUAAUGGAGGUACGUUAGACAAGGACAAAUGUGAGUGCACAUGUGCUGGUGGCUACAGGGGUCCUGGUUGCAGCAAGCCUCCAUGCAACACGACCUGUGUCAACGGGAAGGUCAACCAAGAGAACUGUGCCUGCGUGUGCACGGAAGGUUGGAGUGGCCCCAAGUGUGAUUGCAGUCGGAAAUGUAGCAAUGGAGGUACCUUGGAUAAUGCAAAGUGCCAGUGUUCUUGUGUGGGUGGCUACCGUGGGGACGAUUGCAGUCUGCCCCCAUGCACAACGGCAUGUGUCAAUGGCAAGGUCAACCAGAAGAACUGUGUAUGCGAGUGCACAGAAGGUUGGAAGGGUCCAAAGUGCGAUUGCAGUCUUAAAUGCGCAAAUGGAGGUACACUUGACAAGGACAAAUGCGAAUGCACAUGUGUUGGUGGAUACAGGGGUGCGGAUUGCAGCAAGCCUCCAUGUACGACAGCAUGUGUCAAUGGAAAGGUCAACCAAGAGAACUGUGCCUGCGUGUGUACGGAAGGCUGGAGUGGCCCCAAGUGUGACUGCAGCCUCAAAUGUCAGAAUGGUGGCACACUUGACAAGGACAAGUGUACAUGUACAUGCGCCGGUGGCUACCGUGGUGCAGAUUGCAGCAAGCCUCCAUGUACGACAGCUUGUAUCAACGGGAAGGUCAACCAGGAAAACUGUGCCUGUGUGUGUACGGAAGGCUGGAGCGGUCCCAAGUGCGAUUGCGGUCGUCAGUGUGGCAACAAUGGCACCUUGAAUGCAGACAAAUGUGAAUGCUUGUGUGUUGGUGGUCACCGCGGUGCCAACUGUACCAAACCUCCCUGUACGACGGCAUGUGUGAAUGGCAAGGUCAACCAGAAGAACUGUGACUGCGAGUGUACUGCUGGUUGGAGUGGUCCCAAGUGCGAUUGCAACCAAACGUGUGCCAAUGGAGGAAGCCUUGACAAGGAAAAGUGUCAGUGCACAUGUGUUGGUGGCUACCGAGGUCCUGACUGUAAGAAGCCUCCAUGUACGACGGUCUGUGUCAACGGAAAGGUCAACCAAGAAAACUGUGCCUGUGUAUGUACAGAAGGCUGGAAGGGUCCCAAGUGUGAUUGUGACCUCAAAUGUGCCAACAACGGUACCUUAAACAAGGACACCUGUAAAUGUGCCUGUACUGGAGACUACCGUGGAACUGACUGUGCACAACCUCCCUGCAAGACAGCAUGUGUCAACGGGAAGGUCAACCAGAAGACGUGUGCCUGUGAAUGCACAGAAGGCUGGACUGGCCCCAAGUGUGACUGCAAACUCAUCUGCAAGAACAACGGAAGCUUGGACAGUGCCAAAUGUGAGUGCACGUGUGUUGGUGGUCACCGUGGUGCUGAUUGCAGCAAGCCUCCCUGUACGACUGUCUGUGUCAACGGAAAGAUCAACCAAGACAACUGUGCUUGCGAGUGUACUGAAGGCUGGAGUGGGCCAAAGUGUGACUGCAGUUUGAAAUGUGACAACGGUGGCUCCUUGGACAAGGCCAAAUGUCUGUGCACCUGUACUGGUGGCUAUCGAGGAGCUGAUUGUAGUCUCCCUCCAUGCAAAACAGACUGUGUCAAUGGCACGGUCAACCAGAAGAACUGUGCCUGUGAGUGUUCGAAAGGCUGGUCUGGUCCAAAGUGUGAUUGCAGUCUUAAGUGUGCCAAUGGUGGAACAUUAGAUUCGAGCACCUGCUCGUGUUCUUGUAUUGGUGGAUACCGUGGUGCUGAUUGCAAGAAAGAACCAUGCAAGACGGAUUGCAUCAACGGCAAUGUUAACCAGAAGGAUUGUGCUUGCGUGUGUACAAAGGGCUGGAGUGGACCCAAAUGCGACUGUAGCCUUCAGUGUGAAAAUGGAGGCACUCUGGAUAAAGCCAAGUGUCAGUGCGCAUGUACCGGCGGCUACCGCGGUGCCGACUGCAGUCUUCCUCCAUGCACGACGACGUGUAUCAAUGGCAAGGUCAACCAGAAGAACUGUGCCUGUGAAUGUACAGAAGGCUGGAACGGUCCUAAGUGUGACUGCCAACUGAAGUGUUCUAACGGAGGAACACUGGACAAGGCCAAGUGUCAGUGCGCAUGUGCAGGAGGCUAUAGAGGAGCGGAUUGCACCAAGCCUCCGUGCAAGACGGAAUGUGUCAAGGGAAAGGUCAACCAGGAGAACUGUGCCUGCGAGUGUGCGGAAGGAUAUGUUGGUUCCAAGUGCGACUGUAAUCUCAAGUGCACAAAUGGGGGUAAACUGGAUCCGAGCACCUGCAAAUGCGCAUGUACUGGUGGCUACCGUGGUGCCGACUGCAGUCUUCCUCCAUGCAAGACAGAGUGUAUCAAUGGCAAGGUCAACCAGAAAGACUGUGCCUGUGAAUGUACAGAAGGUUGGAACGGUCCUAAGUGUGACUGCCAACUGAAGUGUUCUAACGGAGGAACACUGGACAAGGCAAAGUGUCAGUGCGCAUGUGCAGGAGGCUAUAGAGGAGCGGAUUGCACCAAGCCUCCGUGCAAGACGGAAUGUGUCAAGGGAAAGGUCAACCAGGAGAACUGUGCCUGCGAGUGUGCGGAAGGAUAUGUUGGUUCCAAGUGCGACUGUAAUCUCAAGUGCACAAAUGGGGGUAAACUGGAUCCGAGCACCUGCAAGUGCGCAUGUACUGGUGGCUACCGUGGUGCCGACUGCAGUCUUCCUCCAUGCAAGACGGAGUGUAUCAAUGGCAAGGUCAACCAGAAAGACUGUGCCUGUGAAUGUAACUUCGGUUGGAAGGGACCAAAAUGCGAUUGCAAGCGGCAGUGCAGAAACGGAGGUGUACUGAAGCCGGAAACUUGUGAGUGCGCAUGCGUGAAAGGCUACCGAGGCGCCCUGUGUGGCCUUGACCCCUGCACAACCAAGUGCAUCAAUGGCAAGGUCAAUCAGCCGAACUGCAAGUGUGAGUGUCUGGAAGGAUGGAGCGGUCCGUCUUGUGAAUGCGGGCUGAAGUGUAACAAUGGCGGCACCCUGUUAAAGCGGUACUGCCGAUGCAUGUGCGCCAACGGCUACCGUGGCGACUCCUGCAGCGACCCCCCGUGUACGACGGAGUGUGUGCGCGGCCGGGUCAACAAGCGCACCUGUGAAUGUGUCUGCAGAAAAUAUUGGUCCGGCCCAAAAUGUGACUGUAAUCUAAACUGCCGGAAUGGUGGUGUCCUUGACCCCAACAAGUGUUCCUGUGCAUGUGUCAAUGGCUUCCGAGGAGCCGCCUGUGGUCUUCAGCCGUGUAAGAGCCCCUGCAUCAACGGGAAACACAACCCCAAGAGCUGUGCCUGCGAGUGCUCAGAAGGGUGGAGUGGCUCCAAAUGCGACUGUAACCUCACGUGUGACAAUGGCGGGAUCCUGGACGGGAACCGAUGCGAGUGUACUUGUAUCAAUAAGUACCGUGGGAAGACAUGCAGCAAACCCCCAUGCACUACCCCAUGUGUUGAAGGCCGCGUCAACCAAGACAACUGUGCCUGUGAAUGUUUCCUGGGAUGGAGCGGCGCCAAGUGUGACUGCAAACAGCUGUGCAACAACAACGGGACUCUGGAUGUGGCCAAUUGCAAGUGCGACUGCACGGGGGCAUUCUACGGGAAGAGCUGCUCAAAAUGUCGGCGGAAAUGUGAAUCCCCACAAGUCAUCUCGCCAGCUUCAUGUUCAUGUCAAGACCUGCCGACCUGCGAUAAAACCUGUUCUGGUCCAACGGUCCUCUACAAGCGAACCUGCUCCUGUGUGCCGAACACUGUGAACUGCGCCCAGUUUGACGGCACCAAGUGUAAGAAGGUGGUCGACGGCAACUUCUGUGGAACACCUGCCUCUAAUGCCGAUUGUCCUCAAGGAUGCGGACUCUGUGAGAAAGACUUCACUCCGCCGCCAAAGGAUGACAAACCCAAGGCACACAUUGACGAUGAGGAGGAAAAUCCUUUCGCAAGUGGGUGUGGCAAGAAGCCGGAUGUUGCCAAUGCCAACUACACCCAGUACGGUGACGGGUCCGUGAUGACUGUCCUCAUCUACGCGUGUCUUCCCGGCUUCACUAAGACCGGGUCAGGAGUCAGUCAGUGCCAGGAGGAUGGCACAUGGUCGGAGUUCGAGUUCACCUGUACAGCACCAAAGUACAAGAGGAGUAUUAAUGGAUGUGGGCCCCCUCCUGACCUGAAUGGGAUGACUGUCUCCUACUACAACACCACCACGGAAGGGGCAACCGCGAUGUACCAGUGCUUAAAGGGAUACACCGGAUCUGGGUUUGGUCUGUCCGAGUGCACGCGUUACCAGCAGUGGACACGGCCCACACUCACAUGCUCAGCACGAUCGAGCUCCUGGAUACAGAUGGGGGAAGCGUUGCAAUCACACAAUCCCCAGUUCUACUCAAUCGUGCAUAAUCUCUUCUGGGAGUCGUGUUCCCCAACCAUGAGCGUCUCGGUGACCGUGGGACCAGACAAUUUGUUGUUCUAUCUUCACAACGUCGGAUGGGACGGGUCUGACAUCGGGGGGCAGUCUGUUCUAAGGCUAACCAAGCAAGACUGGGAUACGUUCUCGUCAAGACCAAAGCGUGAGUUCAACACGUUCCUGACCAACUCGGACUGGACCAUCCUUGUCUUAGGCGAUGACGGAGUCUUUGAAAGGAAGACCCGGCGGUCGAACCUAGGUUGGUCGUACAAGAAUGAUUCCUGCCUGGUGCAUGUGGGUUCUGAUUCGGAUGCUGUUCUGGCAGGACUUCUCGAUGGAAGCAGUCUUCAUCAAAGGGACGUAACUCACGUUGAGGGCGAACUUUUUGCCACUCAACAAAGUAAAAGUGUGUCCGAUUUUAAUAAUCGAGAAACAGGUUGGUAUACCAACAAAGAGUUAUCAAACGGUGUUCAAAAAAUAAUCCGUUGGCACCCGAACAAGGCAAUGGUGACUGCAAGCAAUGAUGACGAGAGACCUCAAUGGUGCCUGGACACGUGUUGGCACGAGGUGCCGUUAACCAAGAAUACGGCUCAGCUGAUCAAAGGAAUCGAAGCUGGACACAAUAUUCUUAUAAAAUCUGGCAAUAUAUUGGCUGCUGCCCGAGACAUCGUAGUGUAUGAAGGUCAGGUGACUGCUACCCUCAGGGAGCAUUGGUCCCCUUCUGACCAAUCCGCAUUCUCAGAACAUUCGGAACAAGUCUGGCAGUCCGUUUCGUCCCAAGGGGAGGUAACCUCAUGCAAACACAAACCGGAAUCGUCAACAGUAACAUCCUACACGAGAGAGUAUCUCCCAAGUAGGUGGUUCCUCGACAGUCGGUCAUGGAGAAUGAUUCUAUCCAUUGAUUCCAAAGGAACAGUCAUUUCUGGCUCCAAAUCGGAUCUCAUUGUCGGCAUCAAAUCUAGCAAGGAACUUCGACUCGGCAUCCGUCACGACAACGGUCUGCUUCACUACAUGAGUGUCGACACAGUGGUUUGGCGGGAUUCAGGCGAGGUCGCUGCGGAGGUCGUACAGCUCCCGGGUCUGGAGCUAGGCAAGGAUUCAAGAUUCAGUUUGUAUUCUAACUGUCGCACAUGGGCAGCUAUUAUUACAACAGAAGGGAAGUACAAAGUGUACGAGUACACCCUUGGCAAUAUAGGCAAACAUGAAGUCAAGACGGGUGUCGUCAGUAUAGACUGGUUCGUGUACUGAACGUCUCUCACCCUGGUGUCGGUUGCUCGUUUUUACGUAAUAAAAUGGUCCAUGGUA